CACCUUUAAGAACAAACAAAGAAGGAGACUUUUGCUCGGCAUCGUAUCGGGGCAACCAUGUCAGUUUCGUCUCCAUUCCCAUCGCCUUGCUCCGCCGCGUCUCCCUCUACGUCCGCCGCCACUUGUUCUUCUUCAACUUCCGUCCGAUUCAGAAUCUCCGCCACCGCCGCCGCCGCUGGCACCAGGUCGUGUUACUACCAGGGUGUCUCCGUUCGAAGCUCACAAGCCGAAGGCCCGAUUCGCAGGCCCAUCGCGCCGUCGCUCAGGGAGCCGUCGCCGCCGUCAGCUGCUUCCACUCCGUUGAAGCCCCCCGUCCCUCCUUCACCUCCGUCUUCUCCACCGCCGCCGACGCCGGUGGUGGCUUCUGCACCCCGAUUGGGCGUUGCGGAGGGUAAGGGCGCGGUGACUUUGGAGUUCCAGAGGCAGAAGGCUAAGGAGCUUCAGGAGUAUUUCAAGCAGAAGAAGCUCGAGGAAGCGAAUCAGGGUCCUUUCUUUGGGUUCAUUGGCAAGAAUGAGAUUUCUAAUGGAAGAUGGGCGAUGUUCGGUUUCGCUGUUGGGAUGCUGACGGAGUAUGCAACAGGGUCGGACUUUGUCGAUCAAGUCAAGAUCCUUCUCUCCAAUUUUGGAAUCCUAGACUUGGACUGAAAGAAACCUCUCUGACAAAGUGGGAUCACCAGUACAUUUGAUUGCUACAUAAGUUUCUGUACCAUAUGUCAAUGUAGUUUUGCAACUUCUUCUUCUUCUGCUGCUUUCCUUUUGUUCAUUGUUUGUUCAUCAUCCUGAGAACUCUGCUUACUUACUGUUUUCAAUUGAGCUUGCCAAAGAAAGCACAGUCUUUGUUAUUUUACACAGUUGCACUGAAUAUCAUAAUCAAGCUGCUGUUGGCCGUUGUGGUUGUGAGAGGUUAUCCACAACCCCAACGUUCAACGGCAUUUCUCUCUAUUUCAGCCAACUUAGCAUCGAUUCGCUAUUUGAUUUGCAUUCAACAGUUGAGUGAAUCGUUGAAUCAUCGCCACCAUUGUUACUCUCCAUGGUAAACGACUAUGAACACAAACAGCUCAAGAACACGACCUCACUAAUCAUUACCUCAUGUGUUUCACUCGAUUAAUCUCACUAAUAAUUUCUGUAACGAAGCGAGGAUAACAUCGAUGAUCUACACUCGAACGAUCAAGUUAGAAAUCAAAUAAGAAUCUAUGU